AAAAUGUCAAUAAAAAGAGAUUUUUUACGUUCCUAAACGUUUCAACAUUAUUAACAUGUGAAUAGUUCCUUGAACAUUUUGUAAAAUAGUAUUUAUUUACCUUGUUCCUCCUUCCGUAAAAAUCUAGUCAACAGCAUUAGGGUAAGCCAUGGAUAUCCUGGCAGAGAGUCAUUGGGCACUGGUCCACCCUCUGCGGUCCAUGUCCAAGAAAUCCUACCGAAUUCUAGUCUUUGUUGUGUUGUGGUUUGGCUUUGGCUCAACGUACCUGUUGAAGAAACCUUUGGGUGUCAUCAAAUCAGACAUUGCCGAGGAUUUGCAUUUGUCAAAGUUUGAACUGGGCAUACUGGACACUGCUUUGCUGCUACCGUAUGCUGUGAUGCAAGUCUUUCUAGGACCUCUAGCCGACCACCAAGGCCCAAGGAAAACCAUGGCCUGUUGUCUCUUCUCGGCAGGACUCUCCAUGGCUUUCUUUGGAUUGGCCAACUCGUUUCACUUCUCCCUCCUGAUGCUGUUCCUCUGCGGCACUUGCCUGGCUCCCACCUGGCCAGCCUGUUCCAAAUGUCUGGCUUCCUACUUUGACAAGCAGAGGGACACCAUCUUUGGCAUUUUCUCGACGGCCGGCUCUGUGGGCGGCAUAUGCGGGACUGGGCUCGCCGUCUGGACAUUGAGCGUUUACGGGUGGCAACUGUCUUAUCUGUUACCGUCCAGCUUUUCCAUCUUGAUGUCCCUGUUAACGCUGGGGCUGGUUUACAGUCCCGAGGAGAUGGGACAGGGCCCAGCUCGGCCGUCGUCGUCGUCGUCGUCCAGUCAAAUAAUCGCCGCUCGUAAAAAGACGUCGACGAUAAAAUCGUGGUUGAGUCUGUGGGCGAUCCCGUUGAUCCCCGAGAUCACGCUGGCCGUUUUCACGCUCAAAGUCGUCCGCUACUGCAUGUACAUGUGGCUGCCGCUGUUCCUGCUCGACUAUUUGAACUACGACAAAGUUCAAGCCGGCCUGAUGUCGACGGCCUUCGAAGUGGGCGGCGGACUGGGCAGCGCUCUGGUGGGUUUCCUGACGCCCAGACUCUUCGCCGGCCGAUCGCUUCCCACGCUCUGUCUAUUGACCAUCUUGAGCAGUUUGUCUUUGCUCCUGUUUGCCCUGACCGCCCAAUUGGGAGCCGCAAUCAAUAUCAUCUGCCUGGUGCUGGCCGGCGCCACCAAUGCCGGACCCGACUCGCUUCUCAGCGGAUCCAUUCCAGCCAGAUUGGGUGAACGAAACGGACUAGGAGCCGGAGCUGCUUUGACAGGACUUGUAAACGGAGCCGGGAGUGUAGGCACGGUCAUCGAGGGUCCCAUCAUUGGUCUGGUUGCCCAUCGCUGGGGAUGGAUGGGCGUUCUCCUGCUAAUGGUGGUGCUGUCAUCGCUAGGAGCUGUGGCUCUGUUACGUGCCGCCUUGAGCGACUCGAGUCAGGCCAGCAGUAACGAUGACGACGACGACGAACCGACAAGCCGCCCAGUCUGACUUUUCUCCUGCCUCCUCUACAACCGCACUAUAAUGGCACCUUAGGCACCUUUAAGAAAUCUAUAAAUAUAUCCAUCGCACAAGUAAAGAAUAAAAAAAAGAACACACAACCGACAACAAUUACCCGAUACAAUGGAGCCCCGCCCGUUGCCAUGACAAUAGGAGAGAAAAAAAAUAGAGAGAUCCCUUCCUUCUUUUCAGCUGCCUCCCAGAGUUUCUUCUCGGUGGAUCUUUCACGACGCCAUUUUCAAUUAUUCACGAAGAAGGUAAACUAAAAAAAAAAAAAGAAGAAGAAAAAAUCGACUUUUCUUUACUUCGCUUAUAGAAACCCCACACGGAGGGUAAGAAAAAAGAGCAACUUGAAUGUGAUGCAUAAUAGAAAAGGGUAGAGAGAGAGAGAGAGGGUCUUUGUUUGAUGUUUUUCUUUGUUGUUGUUGUUGUUGUAUGUGUGUACAGUUUGUAUGUAUGAAUGUAUGUACGUAUGGAAGUUAAGUCGAAAUAAAGUUGCCUUUUUCUUCUU